CUCGGACCUAAUUCAGCUCGUCUCUGAUGUGAGUUGGACACGGCAGUUGUUCUAUUCAUUUCAAGCCCAUUCACCACGGUCGGGUGGGGCUCAUCAACAGUCCUUCCCAGGGGGCAACGUGAUUCUUAAAGUUAUCCUUGAUUGAUCCAUUAAGCAUAUGACAGGGUGCCUCGUUUCUGGCUGGAUUUAAAGAGCAAGUCAACUGUUUUCUUCAUCCGCUCAUCGCCUACAGUCGCCACUCCACCAUGGAUGAAAAAUCCAGUCAUAAAGAGAGUUUACCUGGAGACAAGUUGUCCAAUGAGGACUCUCCGAGGAUCCUCUCACCAUCGGUGGACGUUCGAAGUGUCCCAUGGUGGAAACUAGACGUACAGAUUCUUCCGGUAGUCACGAUCAUGUAUCUUUUAAACUUCCUGGAUCGCGGAAAUAUUGGGAAUGCUCGGGUGGCUGGAUUGCAAGCGAAUCUCGGAAUCACGGAUAGUCAGUAUAGUCUUCUCUUAACAGCUACGUUAAUCCCCUAUGCAUUGGUCGAGAUUCCAAGUAACUUGUUCCUGACGCGCAUCGGAGCUCACAUCGUCCUCCCUACUUUGGUCGUCAUAUGGGGCGCAGUUACCGCAUUCCAAGGGCUGGUUACUUCUUACGGCGGUCUGGUUGCUUGUCGAGUUAUUCUGGGUUGCUGUGAAGGUGGACUGCUCCCAGGACUAUCUUUAUACGUUGCAUCGUUCUAUCCACGGAGUAAGCUUCAGCUCAGGAUAGCGCUAUUUUUUGCUUCUACUGCAUUGGCCGGAGCUUUCUCUGGCCUGUUGGCAUCAGCUAUCGGUCAUCUGGACGGUCAUGAUGGAAGACCGGCAUGGAAAUAUAUCUUCAUCUUGGAAGGAAGUUUUACGAUCUUGUAUGGACUUGUCUGCUUUGUCAUUAUGCCGCGUUCACUUUCGACGAUUCCACUCUUGACUCCCGAAGAAAGGUCCAACGCCGAGGCACUCCUCGUUCAAGAGCAUACCACACUUGAAAAAGACGGCCAUUUCAGCUGGUCUUCGACCCUGGGUGCAUUAUUACAACCUCAUGUACUGUUGUAUUUUGUCUUAGGAUUCUUUGGAGGUCUGACACUAACCGCUCUUGCAUACUUCGAACCUAGUAUAGUCCAAAGCCUUGGUUAUACGGCUAAUCGAGCGCAAUUAAUGUCUGUCCCUCCAUUUGCCGUGGCUUGGGCGGUAAAUAUCAUCACAGCUUUCGUAUCCGACCGAUAUAGGCUGCGUGGUGUCACCAUCAUGUUCCACUCUAUGGUGGCUACUAUCGGAUUUGCCGUCUUUCUCGGCAGUAAGAACCAUGAUGUCCGAUAUGGCUCACUCUUCCUGUUCGUCCCGGGUGUAUAUUGCACCCCUCCAUCGCUUCUCGCAUGGGCGGCCAACAACUCGGCUCCUCGGUUCAGGCGAGCAGCAGUGAUAGCGUUCUUACUGACCUCGACCAGUUUAGGCGGUAUCUUAGCAACGUGGUUGUUCGGGUCGUUAUCCACGCCCCCGGAUUACAACAACGCGACUAUCGUAUCUAUAGUCUUUUCUGCUGCUAUGGUAGUGGCAGCGUUGGCGAAUAUCGUAUGGUUGAAUGCGCAGAACAAAAAGAGAAGAGGGGUGGCGAAUCCUGGACCUGUCAAUGAUGACAGAAGCGAUGGCUUCCUUUACAGGCUGUAGGUCGGACGACCUGAUCCCAAAAAUCACAAAUGUAGUAUAUAAAUAUAGUUUGCUCUAUUCACGAUGUUACACU